AUCACUUGCCGUAGUGGAUUUUAUAUAUCAUAAUGGCUGCUAAGUUACUAGUCCUUCUGUGCGCGGUGGCGGCAGUCCGCGCGGGUGGCUUAUACGCCUCCGCUCCCGUGGCUACAUACGCCGCAGCUCCCGUAUACAAGAGCUACGCGGCUCCAGCCGUCGCGUACUCCGCACCUAUUGCAUACUCCGCCCCCGUAGUGAAGGCGGUCGCUCCCGCGGUCUCAUCCAUCUCAUCGUACUCCACACACACUGCGCACGCGGCUCCUCUGGUGGCUAAGUCCUACGCUCCCGUGGCUACAUACGCCGCCGCUCCCGUAGCCACAUACGCCGCACACGCCGCUCCCGUAGCGACCUACGCUGCGCCCGCCUACGCCGCGCACGCGACAUACGCCGCUCCUGCCGCCUACGCCGCGCCCGCUGCGUACGCUACGCACGCGGCUUACGCUGCGCCCGCGACCUACGCCGCUGCUCCCGUCGCCACAUACGCCGCUGCUCCCAUAGCGUACGCCAAGUCGUACGCGCCUGCUGUGACUUACGCCCAGGCCGCUCCCGUCGCCACCUACGCUGCCCACGCCGCUCCUAUCGCCACAUACGCCGCUGCCCCAGUUUAUAAAUCCGCCCUGACUUACUCCGCGGCGCCUGCUGUCUCACAUGUGUCAUACAACGGCCUCGCGUCCAACUACGGCUGGUGAUCGCCUUAACGACUGUACAAAUCUAGUUGUUUAUGUUUUUUGUAUAUAUACUUUUAUACAAUGAGAAUAAAAUUUAUAAAAAGUUAAA